AUUUUCACUGUCAAUGUUUUGGUCCUGUAUUCUCUGUUUGUGUGUGUGAUAGGCCUACUACCCGCAGCAGUGAACGCAGUAGCCUAGAUAUUUUUCUACAAAAUAAUGUCAAAUCUAUCCUUUGAUUUCAAGGCAGUUAGCAAAGAGCUGGAUACUCUCUCAUAAUUAGGGAUUCAAAUGAUUGCCGCAAUCAGACUGGUUCCGACUGCUGCCCUGAUUCUCAGGCAAUCCCCGUCUUGGUCUAGCCCGCCCCUCUGGUUGAAUGGGAUCCCUCCGCAUCAGUUCGACCAUCGGUUCUCUGCUGUGAACGUCGUCUGAAAUCGGUUAUAAUUUUUGGGUUUACUUCGAUGACGGAGUCUGUGAUAUUUGGUCGUUUAUUCGAUGAACUAUUGCCCAUCUGGUAAAUAAACAAGCAUCGGCAAUACACUGGUUGGUACUCGUCAGGGUCUAGGCCAUGGGGGGAACCAAAAGCAAGCCCAAAGACGUCAGCUCGGGAGGAGGGGCUGGUAGCCUCAACUUCAGCCCUGCCGGGCACACCAUCACAUCCAAUCGGAACCCUGCAGUGGACGGGACACGCCAGCCCACUCAGCCCCUGACCAAUACCCCGGAGCUGGCCCUGUUUGGGGGUGCAGAGUCCACCAGUAGCGUCACGUCUCCUAACAGAGGGACACUUGCAGGAGGAGUGACGACGUUCGUGGCGCUGUAUGACUACGAGUCUCGCACUGCCUCUGAUCUGUCUUUCAGGAAGGGCGAGCGGCUACAGAUAGUAAACAACACGAGAAAGUUGAACAGCAGGGAAGGGGACUGGUGGCUGGCUCGAUCUCUGACUACGGGAGAAAGCGGUUACAUCCCCAGCAAUUAUGUGGCUCCCUCCGACUCCAUCCAGGCAGAAGAUCAUCUCAGAUUGCCUAUGGCUUCCAGGUGGUAUUUUGGGAAGAUCACACGUCGCGAUUCGGAGCGGCUGUUGUUGGGUCUGGAGAACAGGAAAGGAACGUUCUUGGUGAGAGAGAGCGAGACCACCAAAGGUGCCUACUGUCUGUCAGUCUUGGACUAUGACAACACUAAAGGGCUGAAUGUGAAACAUUACAAGAUCAGGAAGCUGGACAGUGGAGGGUUCUACAUCACCUCACGCACUCAGUUUAACAACCUACAGCAGCUUGUCGCACACUACCACAAACAUGCAGACGGACUGUGCCACUGUCUGACCGAGGUGUGUCCCGUACUGAAGCCUCAGACCCAGGGCCUAGCACGCGAUGCCUGGGAGAUCCCCAGGGACUCCCUCCGCCUCGACCUCAAACUGGGACAGGGAUGCUUCGGAGAGGUCUGGAUGGGCACGUGGAAUGGUACGACGCGGGUAGCAAUCAAGACCCUGAAGACUGGUACCAUGUCCCCCGAGGCCUUCCUCCAGGAGGCUCAGGUCAUGAAGAAGCUGAGACAUGAGAAGCUUGUCCAGCUCUAUGCUGUGGUGUCUGAAGAACCCAUCUAUAUUGUUACUGAGUACAUGGGACAAGGGAGCUUAUUGGACUUCCUGAAGGGAGACAUGGGCAAGAUGCUCCGCCUUCCUCAGCUGGUAGACAUGGCCUCACAGAUUGCCUCAGGGAUGGCGUACGUAGAGAGGAUGAACUACGUCCACAGAGACCUCAGGGCUGCCAACAUCCUAGUGGGAGACAACAUGGUGUGUAAAGUGGCUGAUUUCGGCCUGGCCCGCCUCAUUGAAGACAACGAGUACACCGCCAGGCAGGGAGCAAAGUUCCCCAUCAAGUGGACAGCCCCUGAAGCUGCGCUGUACGGCCGCUUCACUAUCAAGUCUGAUGUCUGGUCGUUCGGGGUCUUGCUGACCGAGCUGGCCACUAAAGGCAGAGUACCAUAUCCAGGCAUGGUGAAUCGGGAGGUGUUGGACCAGGUGGAGCGUGGUUACAGGAUGCCCUGUCCAGCUGAGUGCCCUGAGUCCCUCCACGACCUCAUGUUGACCUGCUGGAGGAAGGACGCCGAGGAGCGGCCCACCUUUGAGUACCUGCAGGGCUUCCUGGAAGACUACUUCACCUCCACUGAGCCCCAGUACCAGCCUGGAGAGAACCUGUAGUGCUGUAGCAGGGCUCAGGGUGGAAGAGAGGAACAGUGCUCUGGAUACAACCACACUAACCUCUGAAGCUCUGACCUCUGUUGUGCACCUGGAACUGAACUACCAAUGGCCACACACACACUCAUUACUACCAUUAGCAUUAUUCAUUGUGAUGAUAUCAUGAUUUAGUCUUAUUGAUAUCCUUCUGAUUUGAACAGGACAGUAGGAAUCUACUGGUUAAUUUUGAGUUGUGUUCAUGCCUGUCAGUUACUGUAUGCUCCUAUUGACGUUGUGCGGUAACUCCAAACGCAUCAUCAGACAUUUGACACGAGUAGCCACCUACUGUAUGCACCACUUCAAUGCAUCUCUUUAUAGCUACACCUUUGGAGGGCUAAAUAAUCGACUGACUUCUCAUAUUCCAAUUGGUUCCUUUCUAUAAUGAGGAUGUUUUCUUGUUGUGGUAUGCUGGGCACUGUCUUCCAAUCUAUACCCACAGUCUGCUUGAGAAGUAACUCUGAGGGGUACUUUUUUCAGGAUAUCACUUACUGUAGGUUGUGUUUUUGAUUAAUUUAGUUAUCAAACCUGAAUAACUGGAAUAUUUGACAUUAUUAUCAGGUCACAGGCAUUUCAGGUGAAUAUUUCUCCUCUACAUUGUAGCCAUUCUUGACUAAGCAUUUAUGGUACUACUGACAGUUUGAGAAGUUGGCCGAGGUGGGCGGCACUUCGACUUCGCAGAGACUUUCUAGACAUGGAACACCUCUUCAGGCACUCCUAAAGAAGAGGAGAUGGGAAUGAUUUGUUUGUUUAUUUGCAUUCUCUAUUUACAACUUUUCUAGAAGAAGACAAACGGCUACUGAUGAACAGUCUCCUCUCAGGACUGGGACCAUGAAUCCUGCUGCAAUGUUUUUGUGCCAAUGAUCAGAACAACUAUUUUCUACUCUCUUCUAUUGUUUAAAGUGUAUUUUUAUUACUCUUGAUUAACUUUUUAUAUCUACGAAGUUCAAUAAGCAUUUUCCUGUAAUUAUAUAUUUCAAUGAUAAUUGACUUAUUUGUGAAUCAUGCUCAAACACUUGUGUACUGCAUACCUAAUAAUACCAUCCAUUUUCCAUCCAAUAUAUAAGGAAUGCAUUUUAAGUAUUAGGUUGUUCAAACAUUCAGAUUAAAACCCAGUCAAUGUUCUGCAAUGGUUUUCAGUUAUUUUCAGUAAAGGAGUAACUAUAAGACCUUUCACAAUAUAUUAUUUGAAAAGUGUUAUCAGUGCAGCUGCUGGUCAUUUUGGAGGUAAUUAAUGUGGUUUUGUUUUCAUUGAAUGAUGGAGAGAUGAUUCUGAAGAUAUGAGGACUGAGCUUUCCAGUGGCUUGGGAAGCUGAAUUGGCAUUUUGAAUAUCCACGGUCAUUGGGAAAUUGUACAUAAAUAUCCUCAUUGCUAAUAUUUUUGUAUAUUAUCCUGUUGGUAAUUUAUUAAUUUUUAAAGAUACUUUUGGUUUGUCUUGUCUAUUUUCAGCAUCAUUCUACCACUGGCCAUCAUGUCUAUGGUACAUCUUUUGGUGAAGAAAGUGAUGUAUUUUCUUUAUAUAAUUACAUCCUUAUUUGUUCCACUUUUAUCUUUAUACGUUGUGUUCAUAUUGUGUCCAUCUAUCUGUAAAUCUAAGCACUGUGGUACUCUGCAAUCAAAAAAAUAAACAAUGACUCGUAUUGAAAACAA